AUUGGGCUCGCCAUCGGCAUGUCCCAGCCUGGACCGAACUCUGAGCAAGAGUUACAUCAAUUCAUCUUCAAGAACCCCAACACCGAUUCGGGGCAGCCUUUCCAGAAGGUCCUACUGGUGCUGGACAGUGUCGACUCGCUGCUCGAGCGGGACGGAGACGCCCAGGACCGUCUCGUACAAUUCCUGUGUAACCUCUGCUCCAUGGGCGAUGGAGGCCACCUGAAGCUGCUCGCGACGAGCGAACACAAGCUGCUGAGCGGCAACGAGUUCUUCCGCGGCGGCACCGAGAUGGUAGCCAGAGUCGAGCCUCUGGAGACCCGACACGCCUCCGAAUUGCUCAUGGACAACCUCCCACGGAACUUGAAACUGAGGGAGCUCGGUCUCCAGAGCGGCGGUCUCUCGCUCGCCGACGUCCUGAGCGCGGUGCAAAAUCACCCGGUCCUCAAGGAGGUAUUGGAGAUUGCCGAGGGUCACCCGGGGACGCUGGUGAGAGAUGAACCCGAUUUUUCUUCGCUGGCGAGUCUUUUUGCAGCGAGAGUCAUGGUCUGGAAUUUUUUUGAGUGGCUGUUUCUCUUGGGCGCGGGAAAAGUCGCUUAAAAGUGGGACCUCGCUACAAUCGGCAGCCUCUCCGAAGAGUGGCAAUCUUGAGGGUGUGAGCGGUUCGCGUCCAACAUAAAUCCCCUUUCUCAUGCACGACCCCCGUGCAGCAGAGUUGAUACGAUCCACGUGUGGUCUUGCCGCCGCGUACUUUCUUACCCCACUUGCCAUCUGAGAC